AUGCCUCCGAGAACGUUGGGAGCUGCCCCGCGGUUGUGCGACUUCGCGGCCGCGUCGAUGAAGGUGCAUGACGUGCUUGUCGCGCAUCGGGGAUGUGGGAGGUCUGCGCUGUUUCAGCCGACCCCCUCUUCGGAGAUGUUGAGCCGGGAGACGAACUUGGACAACUUCUGGGCCGUGCUCGACCUGAACAUACGGCGGGGGCUGGACAACUGCGAACUCACACCAACCACAAAAUACUUCGCCUCUCAAUACGGGCAUCUUUCCACCUUAUGGACCUACCGCUGGCUGCCCACCGCCGAUGAAGCGCACGAGACAAAUGCAGAGAGCAAGUUCCAGUACGACGAGGACACGUUUGUCCCGCUCUUCCGCCGGCUCACGAACUCGGGCGGUUGCUCGCAGGACAUGGUAAUGUCGCUGUGCACCGUCCUCCAGCGGUUCGAGUCUUGUCGCCGAUGGGGGUUGUCCAAUGCCCAGGCUGCCACCUUCUGGCUGCCCAUCGAUCGCCGCUCUACUUCCACCUCCUCGUACUUGCGCUACCCAUAUCCCGUCCCUACCCGGCUUUCCGUGCGAGGAUUGUUCGUUAUGAUGGUGUGCGCACUCGCCGUCCUUCCCCCACAUGUUGUGUUCGCUGUCGAUGCGCAAUACAUUCCGAUCGCAGGUCUUCCCAAGCAUCCUAGUACAGCCUCGUGUGUGCCAUCUCGCUCGCAAUACGGCCCGUCAUCACCGAGCGCGGGCACGAGGCGUCGGAGAUGA